GCUGGGGGGCGCCGCGCAGUUUCCCUCACGCCCAGGAUAGGAGCUCUGCAGUGUGCAGGAGCGCGUCGGGCUGUUGUAAUGGCGGACAGAGCGGGAUUGUUGCAUUGUGAACAAUAACAUUUUAUUGCUGCGGACGGGGGAGCGCUCUCUCUCUUUCUACCCUUGCAAUUAUUAUUUGCAACCGCUUUUUCCCCCAACCAGCGGCGCAGUAUCUGGAGGACUCCUCUCUAGAGGAGUGCUGGGGGGGAGACGGCGGGGGGGGGUAGUGGAGACGACAGUAUCAAGAGUUCCCUGUGCAGAAGUUAUUUUUUUCUCCAUUCCUGCAUUUUGUUUUCCGAGGGGGGCUCGGGAUGGGGGACUCGCUGGGGCUGGUCGGCAAACGGCUGCUCCUGCUCUUCGGGGACGCGGGCGCGGCGGCCGGGGCCGAGCCGGAGCCGGCGGUGAGCCAGCGCGACUGGCUCCGAGGGACGGUGCGGGCGGUCAGCGUGAUCGGCCUGGCGGCGCCGGGGGUAGAGGUGAGCGGCGGAGAGCGGACGGCACCGCCGGGGCUGACGGUGUUUGUGGAGUUUGAGGGCGCAUCAUGGGGGAGGCGGUCCUGGGUGCGGGUAUACGCGGAGCAGGUCCAGGCGCUGCUGGUGGAGAGCUCCAUUGUCUGGGCGCCCCGCAAAGAGCCUGCCCAGCCGGGAGGGGGCACUGUGCCCAGCGCUGUCUGGCCUGCCCUGGCAUUCCGCCCCCUGGUGGACAGGAUCGGCCUGGGCUCCCUGGUUCCGGUGGAGUUCUUUGUGGACCGGGCCCUCAGCUUCCUCCCCGAUGGGACGUCCCUGCAGAAAUUUGAGGUGGAAGACGACCUCUGUCAUACACUGCUGCAGGAGCACUCUGCGCUGCAGGCCGCAGUGACCAGCUGGCUCGGUGACCUCAAGCUGCAGGAGAUCCUGAGGAGAGGCCCCUACACCAUCCAGGGCCAGAGGGUGAGGGUGUACCAGCCAGAGUUCGAGGAGCCCUGGGCGCCGGGGCUGGUGUCCCAGCACGACCCCCUCUCCCACAUCAUGGAGAUCACCAUGAGCCAGGGUGAGGAGACCCAGGUAGUUGACCCCCGGGUGCUCCACGUGAUGUUGGCCGACGAGCGACUGGACGAGGCCGACCAGCCGGGGAAGAAGGGGCGCAGGCGGAAGGAGAGCGACGGGGGGAAGGGCGAGGGCGGGCGGCGCCGGCGCAACGCCUCGGAGAGCGAGGGCGACGUGGCCCUGAAGAGGCUGAAGGGGGCCGAGGGCGGGGGCGACAGCGAGUGGGGGGAGGGCAGCCUGGGCACCUGGCGAGGGGGAGGAGGAGAGGGUAGCCCCAACACCUCAGCUGCCCCCCAGGGAACAUCCCCGAGCCAGAGCUCCCCCGGUCCCUCCACCCACGUCUCCUCCCAGGGGCACCCCAACAUACUGUUCGCCACCUACACUAAAGAGAACGGGCGCACAGUCGUGGUGCAGGACCGCCCUGUCUCUGGGGGCGACCCGUUGCCUGUCCUGAAUCCCACUGCUGCCCCCAUCGCUGUACCCCCGCCCUUGCCCAAACCUGCCCCCUCCCCCUUCUCCAGCACCUCUUUCCCCUCUGUGGGGCAGAUGGGCAGUGCAGCCCCCACUGGUGCCCUCGCUCUCAAGAAGGAGAAGCCUUCUACAGCCCCCACACCUGAGAAUGAGAGAGAGGGGGCAGUGGGAGGGUACCCCAGUACUGUGGUCCCGACCCCUGCCCCCUCUCCCCCUUCCUCUUCCUCUGGCCUGCGAGUUGUCGAAGGAGAGGCUACCAGCUCUGCGUCCGCUGCCCCCUCCAGCUACGGAGACCAGAUGGCGCCCACCAGGGCAGUGACGCAGCCUGAGAGUGCCAGGAGCACGCCGAUGUCGGCAGGCAGUUUCCGGAUGACCCCGAGCCAGCCCCUGCCGAUUCCAGCCUUCGGAGAGCCGUGCUCCCAGAGCAACGGGGCGCUGGGCGCGGACAGCCGGCCCUUCGGGUUCGGAGGGUUUGGGGCGAAGGAGGAGCCAGCGCGCGACUCGGACCCUUCCCAGAACUUAUUCUUCCAGUGCAUGGCGCAGAACUCCGGGCCCAGCGCCAACUACUUCACCGUCGUGUCCGAGAGCCUGGCCAAGGACCCGCCCAGCCUGGGGGGCUUCAAGACCCUGGCCCUCCCCGAGACCCCGAAAAAGCCUGCUGCAGCCGCCGGAUUGUUCGGGACGGCACUGGCUUCCCCCAAGGAGCCGGCCAAGCCGGACCCCAAACCCGCGGGCAACGGAGCGGUUCAGGGCAAGCCUUUCGGGUCGGAAGCCAUGCCCAAGCUCUCUCCUGCUUUCCCGGCAGGGAUGAGCAGCGGAGGGGGGAAGGGCUCCGGGAGCAGCCUGGCGGGCAGCGGCGGCGCUGCGGGGGGGGGCCUGGGCCUCCUGUCCGGCCCCCGGCCCUCCGAGGCGCACGAGAACCUCUUCCUGCAGCUGCCCAAGCUCUCCCGGGAGGAGGCCCCCAACCCCUUCCUGGCGCUGGCCGAGAAGCUGUCGCACAGCCCCUUCAGCGGCCUGCCCGCGUCCUCCGCCGGGACCCCGCCCUCCUCCUCCUCCUCUUCCUCCCCAGUCCAGGGAGUGGACACUGACCAGUGUGCUAUGUCUCUGUGUGCAGAGAAGGUGGCGUGGAAGCGCGCGGUGCGGGGCAUCAGGGAGAUGUGCGACGUGUGCGAGACGACGCUCUUCAACAUCCACUGGGUCUGCCGCAAGUGUGGCUUCGGCGUCUGCCUGGACUGCUACCGGCUGCGCAAGAGCCGCCUGCCGGACGAGACGGAUGAGGGCCCGGAAGACGAGGUGUUCUCCUGGCUGAAGUGCGCCAAGGGGCAGCCCCAUGAACCCCAGAACCUCCUGCCCACCCAGAUCAUCCCCGGCACAGACAUGGUGCACGCCGCCCGAGGCAAGUGGGGCAUCAAAGCCAACUGCCCCUGCACCAGCCGGCAGAGCAAGCCCCUGGCCAGGCCCGCUGCCCCCAAUGGGCUCUCUCAGCAGCCCGCUGUGACCUCCAGCGGGGGCGUCUCCAGCGCGGGCGGCGGCACUCUGGGUCCCGAGCUCUCCUCCAGUGGGGUGGGGGGCCCCGGGGGCGAGGGGGAGACGGCUCCCAGAGCAGAUCCGGGUCUGGAUGCGGGGGGCAAUACUGGGGAGGGCAGCAGCAGCAGCAGCACCAGCGCCCCUGCGCCUCCGGGCCCCUCCCCUGUCACGAAGGACAGCCGCCCCCCCUCCACAGACGCCCCCCCCUCCUCGGCCCUGCACUGGCUGGCUGACCUGGCCACACAGAAGGCCAAAGAGGAGACGAAAGCAGAGUCGGGCUCUCUCCGCUCGGUGAUGGCCAAGGAGUCCCGGUCUCCCUUCGGCCUGGAGUCCUUCUCCUCCCUCUCCAAGUCCUCCUCCUCUUCCUCAGCCCCCAAGCUCUUCAACAGCCUCCUCCUGGGCUCCAGCAGCGCCCAGCCCAAGGCCGAGGGCUCCAGCCUGCGCGACCUGCUCAACUCUGGCCCGGGGAAGCUGCCCCAGAGCGCGGGGGACGCGGGGGUCCCCUUCCCCUCCGUCUUCUCCACGGCAUCAGUGGGGGACAAGCCCAAGGGCGCCCUGCCGAACUUCCUGGACCACAUCAUCGCCUCGGUGGUGGAGACGAAGAAGGCGGCGGAGACGCGGCGUGCGGACAGCGGGGCGGUGGAGGGGGGCCGCAAGGAGAGCAUGAUGGGGCUGAGCGUGCUGGACCCCCACACCUCCCACUCCUGGCUGUGCGACGGGCGCCUGCUGUGCCUGCAGGACCCCAGCAACAGCAACAACUGGAAGAUCUUCCGGGAGUGCUGGAAGCAGGGCCAGCCCGUGUUGGUGUCUGGGGUUCACAAGAAGCUGAAGGCCGGCCUGUGGCGCCCCGAGGCCUUCAGCCUGGAGUUUGGGGACCAGGACGUCGACCUGGUGAACUGCCGUAACUGCGCCAUCAUCUCCGACGUCAAGGUCCGGGACUUCUGGGACGGCUUCGAGGUCAUCUCCAAGCGACUGCAGGGCACCGAUGGUCAGCCCAUGGUGCUGAAGCUCAAGGACUGGCCCCCCGGCGAGGACUUCCGGGACAUGAUGCCAACACGGUUCGAGGACCUGAUGGAGAAUCUCCCCCUCCCUGAGUACACCAAGAGGGACGGGCGCCUCAACCUGGCUGCCCGGCUGCCCAACUUCUUCGUGCGGCCCGACCUGGGGCCCAAGAUGUACAACGCUUACGGCCUGAUAUCGGCGGAGGACAGGAAGGUGGGGACGACGAAUCUGCACCUCGACGUGUCCGACGCCGUGAACGUCAUGGUGUACGUGGGCAUCCCCGAGGGAGAGAACAACCACGAGGAGGAAACAGAUGUCACUGGAAGUCAAGAGGUGGCGAAGACCAUCGACGAGGGCGACGUGGACGAGAUGACCAAGCGCCGGAUCUACGAGGGCAGGGAGAAGCCCGGCGCCCUGUGGCACAUCUACGCUGCCAAGGACGCCGAGAAGAUCCGAGAGCUUCUCCGGAAGGUGGGCGAGGAGCAGGGCCAGGAGAACCCCCCGGACCAUGACCCGAUCCACGACCAGAGCUGGUACCUGGACCAGGAGCUGCGGCGGAGGCUGUACGAGGAGUACGGCGUGCAGGGCUGGGCCAUCGUGCAGUUCCUCGGGGACGCCGUCUUCAUCCCCGCCGGAGCACCGCACCAGGUGCACAAUCUGUACAGCUGCAUCAAGGUGGCGGAAGACUUCGUGUCCCCGGAGCAUGUGAAGCACUGCUUCAGGCUGACGCAGGAGUUCAGGCACCUGUCCAACACGCACUCCAACCACGAGGACAAGCUGCAGGUGAAGAACAUCAUAUACCACGCGGUGAAAGACGCCGUCGGCACGCUGAAGGCCCACGAGUCCAAGCUGGCCCGCUCCUAGCCGGCUCCGGUGUCCCGGGACGACCCCUGGCCGGAGGGCGGGCGCCGGUGCAGUACUACACCUCGCACCGCCGGCACAGAUGCCCCCCCAGCCUCGGCGCGCGAUCCACGGGGGGGGUCUCCUGUGUGGGUCAAGCGUCGGAAAGGCGAGCAGCCCCAUGUCCCCGUGUCGUUUUAUUUCUUCUCCUGUCUGUGUUCUGUUGUAGCCGGUGGGAGGGGGGAGGGGGGGGUUUACUCCUGUGGGACGGCGCGCGCUCUCCGGAUGUGUUUUCCGAAGGUCGGAGCCUCCGUCCGUCGCCAGCCGGGAUUGUGGGAUCUCUUCUCCCAGGGGGCGGCGUGCCUUUCGCCUGGGGACUGUGCGGAGCGGGGAGCAGCCCGGCUUCCUCAGAGCCUCCGCCGACUGCAAGCUUUCCAGCGUUUUCAAAACCGUUCUGUUUUGGUUUUUGUUUUUUUAUUUUGUUUUUUAAUAAAGGCGUUUUUGACCUGG